AUAGGAAAACAGAAAAAAUCAAAACAAAAACAAAUUAUAAAUAAAAAUGUUUUUCAAUUAAAAAUAAUAAUUCAUCGGAAAUGUGACCAAAAAUUUUUUACCGAUUAUUUCAUUAGUGAUUGAUUUUUAACCCGAUUUUCAUUUAAUUCAUUCAGUCAUUCGCCGCCGCCGAAGAAGUCCACGACCUAAGAAUGUCGCGAACGAACGGCAAUACCGACUCCGGCAUCGAAUCGGACGCCGAAUGCGAGCCGACUGUCCCGUUGGUCGUCGAAUUCGGUACUUCUGUGAUGACAUCACGUGACGACUGUCAACGGACGACGACAACGACGACCUCGUCUUCAGUUUCGUCGUCGCCGUCGUCGUCCGAGACGUCGCUCGCAGUCGAAGAGUCGUCGACGUCCGGAACGACGACACCGAUAAUCAUAACAACAUCGACGACAACGACUGAAUCCGCUGCCACUACUUCAGAGAUCUCAUCAUCAGAGGUCGACUCCGGCAUUACUGCCAGCUCUUCGUCGUCGUCGUCUUCAUCGUCAUCGUCGUCGUCGUCCACCACUACCACUACUACUACUACUACUACUCGUGUUGUCGUCGUCCCGGACGACGACUCAACAAUCGAAGUCAUGGCCACCGACGCCGUCGCCGAAGAAUCUUCAUUUAGUUUGUUGCUAUCGACGGGCGAAACGCUAACUGUUUCAAUGGAUUCGGUUUCCGAUUACGAACAGUCAGUUUUGAUCGAGUUUUUCGACGGCCAAACAAAAGGCAAAUCUCGGGACUCUUAUCGCGAAAUUCGCAAUCAUUUUAUCGGUCAUUGGCGUCACUGUCGACCGCAACGGUUCGGUUAUCACGAUAUGUUGCGAAAAGUCGGUCAUUUGCAUCUCGGAAAUGUUACCGCAUUCUCAAGAGUCCAGAAGUUUCUCGAAACCCAUCGAACCAUCAAUUUGUUUACCAGACAGGAACUGAUGCGCAACGGCGGCGGCAGUGGUGGCCGUAGAAGUGGUAGAAGUGGUAGAAGUGGACGGAAGCGAUCCUCAAAGUCAAAGUCGUCGCCCAAUAAACAACUCAAUAAUAAUAAUACAAAUAAACGAUUGAAACGCGAUGUCGUCGUCCCGAUAGACGACACAACAGCGGCCGAUGCGUCCGUAGCGCCGACUCCACUGCCGCCGCAUCCGAUGGCCACAAAAGCCCGAACCCGACCCAAUCCGUUCAAAUUGGUUCCGCUCGAGACGUACGACUCGGAGGAAGAGGCGCCGUUCGCUUUACGUCUUUCAGUGGAAGCGCUGGCCAUUGUCGACAUUCACGCCCAUUGCGUCCGAACGGAAGUCAUUGGACUGCUUGGCGGCCAUUAUUGUCAUUUAUCGCGCGAACUUCGAAUCCUAACGGCCGAACCGUGCGCUUCUCUAUCGGACGACGAUCUCCAGUGCGAUAUGGAACCGGUAUCGCAAGCUCUGGCCAAAGAGCGUUUGGAAGCUAUGCGUCUGUCGUGCGUCGGUUGGUAUCAUUCGCAUCCGACUUUUGUUCCGCAACCGAGUCUUCGGGAUAUCGAAACUCAAACCCAAUUCCAGACAUUGUUUUCAAGAGAUAAUAGACAUCCGUUUGUUGCGCUCAUUCUCUCGCCGUACAUGACAUCCCACGACUCCUCCUCCUCGUCGUCGUCGCCAUUGGUUUCGCGAUUCAAAUGUCUUCACGUUUCGGAAACUAAUUAUUCGUCUAAUUCUUCGGCCGACGGUUCCUAUCGAUUGCCGUUCGAACUUUCCGUUCAAUUGAUUCGCAAAGAAAAACUAGUGUUUUCUGUCGUCCAAAAACUCCGCGAUUUAUGUACGAAAAUAGUCGGCCAUUCAUCACGUGUUCGUUUAGGACGACGAGUCAAACGAUUUCGCGGACUUCAAGUCUCGCACUUAGAAAAGUUGUGUCAAUCGCUCGACCAUUGGAUGUCUUCGGCCGGUUUGUCUCGCGUCGAAACCGACCACUUGUUGGCCAACUGUCGGCACGUAUUGAUUGCACGACUGCCGGACGACAGCAACACCAAUAUUGUGGACGUCGUUCGGGACGACGACGACAACGACAACACAAAAUGACAACAAAAAUAAUUUCAAUUAUUUUUUUUUUCGAAAACUUUAUUUUACCGAAAAAAAAACAAAUCAAACCAUUCAUUCAUUACUUUAAAAAAAAAAAUAAAUAAAAGACUUCUUCACGCGAAUCAAUCAAUCAGUUGU